AUGAGUGACCACAAUGGCCAGCCAUCACUGGACAGUUUUUCAAACAGCGUUGUUAAUGACACGAUUAAUAACGACAUAGGUAUAAGGAGGAUACAUCUAAUACUUCAAUUGCUGAAAACCUAUUGUUACUUUUCUGGUAUUAAACAUCUCUUCAGCCUCAGACUGAUUGCAAUGUUCCUUCUACUUCAUUUCAUCAUCCUGAUAGAUGUCAAAGAUUUUGCACUGGCCAAGGGCAGUACAAUCACUUCUCUGUGCCCAAAAGGAUACUUUCCCUGUGGAAAUCUUACCAAGUGCUUACCCCGUGCUUUUCACUGUGAUGGUGUGGACGACUGCGGGAACCAGGCUGACGAGGAUAGCUGUGGAGACACUAGUGGAUGGGCGACCAUAUUUGGCACAGUCCAUGGAAAUGCUAAUUAUGUGGCAUUAACACAGGAGUGCUCUCUAAACCAGUAUCCACAACCCUGUGACUGCAAAGGAACUGAAUUGGAAUGUGUAAAUAUGGGCUUAAAGUCUGUGCCAGUGAUUUCCAGCAAUGCGACAUUACUGUCUCUUAAGGAAAACAAAAUUCACAGUCUUCCAGAUAAAGUUUUCAUCAAAUACACAGCACUUAAACAGAUAUUUCUUCAGCAUAAUUGUAUUACGCACAUAUCACGGAGAGCAUUUUUUGGAUUACAUAAUCUGCAAAUAUUGUAUCUCAGCCACAACUGUAUUACAACUCUCAGACCCGGAGUAUUCAAAGACUUACAUCAGCUAACUUGGCUAAUUCUAGAUGACAAUCCAAUAACCAGAAUUUCCCAGCGGUUGUUUACUGGACUAAAGUCCUUGUUUUUCCUGUCUAUGGUUAAUAACUACUUAGAGGCCCUUCCCAAACAGAUGUGUGCCCAAAUGCCUCAACUCAACUGGAUGGAUUUGGAAGGCAAUGGAAUAAAAUGUCUUACGAAUUCCACCUUUCUGUCAUGCAAUUCACUCACAGUGCUGUUUCUGCCUAGAAAUCAAAUUGAUUUUGUUCCAGAGAAGACAUUUUCUUCAUUAAAAAAUUUAGGAGAACUGGACCUGUCUAGCAAUAUGAUAAUGGAGCUACCAGCCCACCUUUUUCAAGACCUGAAGCUUCUACAGAAACUGAAUCUGUCGUCCAAUCCUCUUUUGUAUCUCCACAAGAACCAGUUUGAAAGUCUUAAACAGCUUCAGUCUCUAGACCUGGAAAGGAUAGAGAUUCCAAAUAUAAACACGCGGAUGUUUCAACCCAUGACGAAUCUUUCUCACAUUUAUUUCAAAAACUUUCGAUACUGCUCCUAUGCUCCCCAUGUCCGCAUAUGUAUGCCCUUGACUGACGGCAUUUCUUCAUUUGAGGACCUCUUGGCUAACAAUAUCCUCAGAAUAUUUGUCUGGGUUAUAGCUUUCAUAACCUGCUUUGGAAAUCUUUUUGUCAUUGGCAUGAGAUCUUUCAUUAAAGCUGAAAAUACGACCCACGCUACGUCCAUCAAAAUCCUUUGUUGUGCAGAUUGCCUGAUGGGUGUUUAUUUGUUCUUCAUUGGCUUUUUUGAUAUAAAAUACCGUGGGCAGUAUCAGAAGUAUGCGUUACUGUGGAUGGAGAGUUUACAGUGCCGCCUCAUGGGGUUCCUGGCCAUGCUGUCCACCGAAGUCUCCGUCCUGCUGCUGACGUACUUGACUUUGGAGAAGUUUCUGGUCAUUGUCUUUCCCUUCAGUAAUAUUCGUCCUGGAAAAUGGCAGACCUCGGUCAUCCUCAUUUGCAUCUGGAUUAUGGGAUUUUUAAUAGCUGUGAUUCCGUUUUGGAAUGAGGAUUAUUUUGGAAACUUUUAUGGAAAAAAUGGCGUGUGUUUCCCACUUUAUUAUGACCAAACAGAAGAUAUCGGAAGCAAAGGUUAUUCUCUUGGAAUUUUCCUAGGUGUGAACUUGCUGGCUUUUCUCAUCAUUGUGUUUUCCUAUAUUAUUAUGUUCUGUUCCAUUAAAAAAACUGCCUUGCAGACUUCGGAAGUGAGGAAUCAUGUUGGAAGAGAGGUGGCUGUUGCAAAUCGUUUCUUUUUUAUAGUGUUCUCUGAUGCCAUCUGCUGGAUUCCUGUAUUUGUAAUUAAAAUUCUCUCCCUCUUCCGGGUGGAAAUACCAGGCACAAUCACCUCCUGGAUAGUCAUUUUCUUCCUUCCAGUAAACAGUGCCUUGAACCCCAUCCUCUACACUCUCACAACCAGCUUUUUCAAAGACAAGCUGAAACAGCUGCUGCACAAACAUCGGAGGAAAUCCAUUUUCAAAACGAAGAAAGAAAGUCUCUCGACAUCCAUUGUGUGGACGGAUGACUCCUCCGCACUUAAACUUGGCGUUUUGAACAAGAUAACCCUCGGGGAUGGUAUAGUGAAGCCAAUUUCCUAGCAAUGGUUUUGGACCCCCGGACUUCCAGGGGACUACCUGUAAGAAAAGGACAGCGUUCGGAACAUGCUACCUGCAGUGCUUUUCAUCUCUCCCAACAGCAAACCUUUCUGCACAGAGAGCA